AUGCUUCCCCCCACCGUCGCCCACGCUUCUCCCCACUGUCGCCCACGCUUCCUCCCACCGUUGCCCACGCUUCUCCCCACCGUCGCCCACGCUUCUCCCCACCGUCGCCCACGCUUCUCCCCACCAUCGCCCACGCUUCUCCCCACCGUCGCCCACGCUUCCCCCCACCGUCGCCCACGCUUCCCCCCACCGUCGCCCACGCUUCUCCCCACCGUCGCCCACGCUUCGUCCCACCGUCGCCCACGCUUCCCCCCACCGUCGCCCACGCUUCCCCCCACCGUCGCCCACGGUUCCUCUCACCGACACCCACGCUUCCCCCCACCGUCGCCCACGCUUCCCCCCAUCGUCGCCCACGCUUCCCCUCCCAUCGUCCUCCCUUCGUCCUCCCCUCCCUUCUCCGUUGUAAAGGCACCGCUGCAGGUGGACGGGGUGACAUGGCACGUGACGCGGGAAUGGAUGGGCUACCCGCAUGUGAUGUGCAUACUCCCUUCCGCACAUACUCCCUUCCUCACAUCCUACUAUCCUCACAUCUCCCUUCCUCUCAUCCUCCCUACCUCUCAUCCCCCCUUCCUCUCAUCCUCCCUACCUCUCAUCCCCCCUUCCUCUCAUCCUCCCUUCCUCACAUCGCCCUUCCUCUCAUCCUCCCUACCUCUCAUCCCCCCUUCCUCUCAUUCUCCCUUCCUAUCGUCUUCCCUCCCUCUCGUCCGCCCUUCCUCUCAUCCUCCCUUUCUCUCAUCCUCCCUUCCUCUCAUCCUCCCUUCCUCUCAUCUUCCCUUCCUCUCAUCCUCUUGCCCUCUCAUCCUCCCUUCCUCUCAUCCUCCCUUUCUCUCAUCCUCCCGUCCCCUCAUCCUCCCUUCCUCUCAUCCUCCCUUCCUCUCAUCCUCCCUUUCUCUCAUCCUCCCUUUUUCUCAUCCUCCCUUCCUCUCAUUCUCCCUUCCUCUCAUCCUCCCUGUUGGGCUGAGGAUUUCAGCCUUAGGAUCUUUGCAGAGAAUAGGCUAG